GCAAAUUUUGCAAUUCCAUUUUAAAUAUGGUUGGAUUCAAUCUAAUCUAAUUACCUUCUAAAUAAAUUUGUGCUUAUCAUAUAAUUGAUUGCGAGGAAUUGAAUUUAGAGUAGAAAACUAGAACAUUCAGAGUUGUAAAACUUAAAGGAAAUUGAUUUAGGAGUAGUUAAAGAUGUCCAGGGAUAAAAUACUAUCUCGAAUAUAAGUAGUUCACUUCACCCCGAGUUGGGUGGUGAAGCGUAGAAAUAGCAGCCCGUUCGUUGGUGCAUCUUCAAGGAUCUAGUUCUUGUUUUGUCCUUGUUAGCGUUGAUCUGGAACUCUGGUCUUGUCUCCUUGGAGAAAACAAGCAACACAAAUUGAUUGUCAUCCGUCUGAAAAUUUGAAGAAUUCAUUCAUCAUAUUUUGUAUCUCAACACCGAGCCCAACCUUUUCUUUCUCUUCCAACAAAAAAACCAAAUCUUCCUCUUCCUACGUCUGAGGUAUUUUCCCAUGUUCUUGUUAGAAACAGAAAGCUGAAAGAGGCCUGGAACAUAACAUUUCAUACAUUUGUUUAAUCAACUGUUUUUAUUGGGACAUCAUAUAUAGAGUGAUGCAGCAGCUGGAAAAAGAAUUGGGACCGGACCGCGCGAUUGAAAUUGAAACGGAUGAUGAAGAGAACGAGGCUGAAAGGGUUUGCCAUGAUCUAGAGUACGAUACUGAGUCUGAUAUUACAGGCCCCUGCCGAGGAGGCCUUUCUUCUGAUUGCCUUGAUCACGAUGCUUCUACCUUUUGGCCUCAAAGUUACAGGCGGUCAAUGGACAUGUAUACAAGCAUGACACCUCCAUCAAUCAGCUAUUUAAAAGACAACUCUUUCUUGGCUUCAGCAGACAAAAGAUCGCAGACAUUGGACACUGAAUCUUCUCUAUUUAAGCCCCUCGUAUCAUCAACAAGCGUAGACACAGAUUUUCCCUCACCAAUUCCUGUAAAGGAAUCAACAAUUUGUGAACUGACGCAUUCUGUAAGUGAACUGCCACCAACCGACCAGUGUUCGUACACCCAGUCACUUCUGAACGCCAUAAAUGCUCUAUGUGGCAUUGGAAUCCUAUCAACCCCUUAUGCCCUGAAAGAAGGGGGUUGGUUCAGUAUCCUGAUUCUCUGUACCUUGGGAACCAUAACCUGCUACACUGGGAUCUUAUUGAAGAGAUGUUUGGAGAGCUCCCCGCAUCUCCAGACUUAUCCAGAUAUUGGUCAGGCUGCUUUUGGCUUACGUGGUCGAAUAUGUAUUGCCGCCAUCCUGUAUGUGGAACUAUAUUCUUCAUGUGUGGAAUUCUUGAUCAUGAUGAGUGAUAACCUGGCUGCCUCUUUUCCAAAUGUCCAAAUGGAUGUUGCUGGAAUUCAUCUCGACUCGUAUCAAGUCUGUGCCAUUGCUUCCACACUUGUUAUUCUUCCUACAGUUUGGCUCAGAAAUCUCAGUUUGCUUUCAUUCAUUUCAGCUGGUGGAGUGGUGACUUUGGCUCUUGUCGUGCUCUGCUUGUUGUGGGUUGGCGUGGCUACUGACGUUGGAUUCCAUCCUAGUGGAAAAGCAUUGGACUAUACAAAAUUACCAAUUACAAUUGGUAUAUACAGCUUCUGCUACGGUAGCCAUUCAGUCUUUCCAAACAUCUAUUCCUCCAUGAAGGAGCCCUCCCGAUUUCCUUCAGUUCUAGUUAUCAGCUUUCUAGUUGCCGCUUUACUGUAUGCUGGCGUAGCAGUGUGUGGGUUUUUGAUGUUUGGUGAAGCCACAAACCCCCAGUUCACUUUAAAUCUACCCACAAACUUUGUCGCUUCAGAUAUUGCUGGAUGGUCUGUGGUUCUAGCCCCUCUGACAAAGUUUGGUUUGUCAAUCACCCCUGUCGCAUUGGGCAUAGAAGAACUUUUGCCUGCGGCUCAGCUUAGAUCUCACACUAUGUCUGUACUCGUCAGGACGUGUCUCGUGGUUUCAACAUUGGUUGUGGCUUUGGCAGUUCCAUACUUCGGAUCCUUGAUGGCCCUAAUUGGAUCCUUACUUGUCAUGCUAGUGUCUGUAAUCUUACCAUGUGCUUGCUACAUGAGAAUAGACAAAGGGAGACUAACAAAAGUUCAGAUUACAGGUUGCUACUUAAUCAUGACUGUGGGAGUUAUUUGUGCCAUUGUUGGCACGUAUUCAGCAAUCACAAGGAUCGCUGACAAAUAGCAGACUCUUGGUUGUAGCAAAUGGUUCUUGUACUUUGUAGAAGUCAUCCAUAUAGAAUCUGAAACUCUUAGGCUCAGGGUCAGGGCGCUGUUGUUCGGUAGAGUCAGACAGAAUUCAGGUAAAGAUCAAUUUGUUAGGAGAAGAAAUGACCAAAAUAAUGAAAACAAACUCUUCAUGAGUCUGCGGUUGUCAUAUAUCUCUACCAAACUUGCUCAUGCGAAAAAUCAAGGAAAGAGCUGUUGUGAGAUAAUGUGAUGUUGACUAAUGUAUGAUUACGAACAAAUCUAAGGCAGCAUUAUCUAACAAUUGUUAGACAGCAACAUAGGAUUUUUGAAAACAUUGAACCCAUUCUUUUUCUCCGACAACAAGAACUGGGGCCGAGGCUCGAUUCCCCUGACCUGAUUGACCCCACUGCCAAUUCUUUGCCAUUCCCGUAUUCAACAAAGCAUGUGCUCACACGUGCACUUAAGCUGAGGAGUUGAGCAUCAAAUAAAGUCACCUAGGGUAGCAUAUUCUUCUGGUGAACUGGUUUCUGCCCCAUUUUGCAGUCAAUUUCCGUUCACUAUAAAGUAUAAAGCCCUGUUUCUGGUAAAUAAAUGAAAAUCAUAGCCUGCAGUUUCAACAGAUCAUUCCCUCUCCUUUUUCACUUUAUUGGGUUGUAAAAGUACUUUUUCUUCUUCUUUUUCAUCUAACAUCUCUCUUUGGCCUUUUUCCUACCGUUAUGUCUAGGCAACGACAAAAAAUUACAAAACAGACAGGAAUAUGAUCAACUUCCGGAUAAAGGGUCCUCUCUACCAUCAGGGACAGAUUUAUUAGUUGCAUUGAUUUGUAAAUUUCCUUCUAAGUUGGUAUAUAUGUUAGCUAUAUUUCCAGCCUUCUACCUAACUGACAGGUGAUAUUAGAUAAUCUUCGUCGCCCGACAUUUAUUGUCUUGAGAAGCACUUAAUGCUCCCACUGCUACUACUAAUCCCUGCCUUGAAUUCCUACCUACCUCAUCAAAGCCUACUA